AUGUUACCCAUCGAUACUUCACAAAUGACUAUUAUUUCCGAAUCUCAAUACUCUUUUGGUACUAAGGCUGUUCAUGCCGGUGCUCCAAUUGACCCAUCAACUGGUGCUGUUAUUGAACCAAUCUCCCUUUCAACUACUUUUGGUCAAUCUCAACCAUCUAAGCCUUUAGGUAUUUACGAAUAUGCUAGAUCAGCCAACCCAAAUAGAGAUAACUUUGAAACCGCAGUCGCUGCAUUAGAGCAAGCUAGAUAUGCUAUUGCUUUAUCCUCCGGGUGUGCUUCUACUGCUUUGGUGAUUCAGUCUUUGCCAAUUAAUUCCCAUAUCAUUUCAAGUGGCGACGUCUAUGGUGGUACCUACAGAUACUUCACUAAGGUUGCUAAUACUCAUGGUGUUGAAGCCACUUUUGUUGGUGAUUUAGUCUCCGAUUUAGCUGGUGCUUUAAGAGAAAACACCAAAUUAGUUUGGUUAGAAACUCCUUCCAACCCAACCUUACAAGUCACUGAUAUUGCCAAGGUUGCUCAAAUCUUAAAAGAUCAUGAAGUUGCUACUGGUAACAAAGUUUUAUUAGCCGUUGACAAUACUUUCCUUUCCCCAUAUGUUUCCAACCCAUUAACUCAUGGUGCUGAUGUCGUUGUUCAUUCUGUUACUAAAUAUAUCAAUGGUCACUCAGAUGUUGUCAUGGGUGUCUUAGUAACCAAUAACUCCGACUUACACGAACAAUUCAGAUUCUUACAAAAUGCUAUUGGUUCUAUCCCAUCUGCUUUCGAUUCAUGGUUAGCUCACAGGGGCUUAAAGACCUUACAUUUGAGAUUAAGGCAAUCCUCCAGUUCCGCCCAGAACAUUGCAGAAUAUUUAUCACACCAUCCUUCUGUCUUGAUGGUUAACUACCCUGGUUUAAAGGGCCACAGAAAUCACGAUGUAGUCUUGCGUCAGCAUAGAGACGGUUUAGGUGGUGGUAUGAUCUCCUUUAGAGUAGUGGGUGGUUCCAAGGGUGCUUCUGUUUUCGCAUCCUCUACUAAAUUAUUCACUUUAGCUGAAUCUUUAGGUGGUAUCGAAUCAUUAACUGAGGUUCCAGCUAUCAUGACCCAUGGUCGUAUUCCAAAAGAAGAAAGAGAAGCUAAUGGUGUCUACGAUGACUUAGUUAGACUUUCUGUUGGAAUUGAAGAUGUCGAUGACUUGAUCCAAGAUAUUGAACAAGCCUUGCAAAAAGCUGAAUCCGCUUAA